AUGUUUUUAGGUGUAUUUCUUUUAGUUUAUAUAACUUAUCAUUCCUAUAGCAUACAGAAGCUAUUUUUACUUAUUUUUAAGAGGAUUUUUGAUGUAUGGGCUAUCUUUUUUAUGGUGCCUUCAAUGACUUUAUUUUCCAUAUUUCUCAAGUAUAAUUUUUUACCAAAAGAUCAUAUAUGGGAAUAUAGAACUCAUAACGAAUUUGCAAAUUUUGAAAUAAAUAUCUAUUGGGAGGUUGCGAUAAUUUUUGCAAUGAUAUUAUCAUUUCCUUUGCUUUUAUGUUAUGCUAACUUUUCAGGAGAGAUUAGGCACUCUAUUAGUAAAAAAGUAAUAAAUGCAAGGGCGCAUUCAAAAAUAAAUAUUCAAAUUGCCCUUUUUACAUGGUUUUUGCCUAUUUUCUAUGCGAUACUUGCUGAAGAUUAUAUCAUUUAUUUUCAGCUUUCUAUAUUAACUAUUUCAAUACUUUUAUCCAUAGAAACAUUGAUCCUUUUACCUUAUUUUUCAAUUUAUUGCAACUGCGUUCAGCUUCUUCGGCUUUCAUUUAUAGCUUUAGUAUCAUUUUCUUUUAUUUUUGGAUACGCCCUUGAUAACUCCUUAGUUAUUUCUUUUUUAGCAAUAAUUUUAGGACUUUCAUCAAUCAAAAUUACUAUUUUUUUAACACGGAAAUUUUAUUCAAAAAUUAAGCCAGAAAUUCCUACCAAUCUUUCAGAAAUUAAUUCUGAAUAUGACUUAGAAAAAUCACUGAGAUUUGUAUUAUGUUCAAGUGAUAAUGAGCACAAAGAUCAAAUUAUUCAAAUAUUCCAAUCUUUUUUUAUAAAAAAUUAUACCCUCCGAUCUAGACUUCAAGCUAUUUGGAUUGCAAAUUAUUGUAUUUUUGCACUAAAAGAUGAAUCUUUGGCUAAAAUUAAGUUAAGCCAAGUCAAAAAAGUUUCAGACUGGAGUCUUGAAGGGAAAUAUCAAGAAUAUUUAUGCAAUAAAAAUAUAUUAGAAAUAAAUAAAUCAGAAUGUGAACAAUUUAUCAAUUAUUUGCAGCAUUUAAAUUGGAUAAAAAAAGAAGACAAAACGCUAUGCUGAAAUUUAUUGACUUUUUGGGAAGAAAUUACUUCAUUAACGCCAGAUCUCCCUAAAAUAAUCCAAGGCUUAGGCUAUAUCCAUCAUGAGAUUUCCUAUUUAAACACAGCUUAUCAUCAGCUUACUACAAAAUUUUUUAAAUCACGAGAGUCUAUAGCUCUUUAUGCAACAUAUUUAAAAAACAUUUAUUUUGAUAUGGAAAAAUCAGUUCUUCUUGAAGCUAAAUUAAGGUCUUUUGAUAAAAUUGCUGGGAAUGCAGCUUAUGAUUAUUCUAAUUUCAGCUAUUUUAGUGGAGUUAAUGGCAUUUUGAUUUCUUCAGCUGAAGAAGACGAUUUCGGUGAAAUAUUUUUUGCAAAUAAAAAAUUUGGGGAAGUCGUAUACCUUUUUAUAAUACCUAAUAUAUAAUUUUUUAUUUUUUUGAAAAAAUAAAAUUCAUUUUAAUUAAAAAAUACAAUGUCCUCUUCAUUCUAUUAUUGGCAAUAACCUACUUAAUUUUCUACCUUCAAUUUACCAUACAAAAAUUAAAGAAAAUGCCAAUUAUGUGAGUAAUUUUGGCUCAAGCUCAGAAAUAGACCUUACUGAAGGGCUAUUUUUGAUAUCUCCUGCAAAUAUUUUAACAGAAUGCACAGCAAUAUGCUACCUUACUUCAAUUAAUAAUUUCCUGGUCACGUCUAUGACAUUCAAGCCUAUUCUUGCAAAUCACGAAAUUGCUUUAAUAAUGGAAAAUGGGGAAAUUUUUUGCCACAGCAUAAAUUUCUUUAAACCCUGCAGAACUUGUUACGAUUUGCAAGGACUUUUUAUUAAAAAUCUUUUCUCUGACCUAGAAAGCAUAGAUUUACAGGAUUUUGUCCCUUAUCCAGUGCCAGCUUUUCAGAAAGGAGCGUAUGUAGUCCAAGCAUAUAAAGAUUAUCACGUGUUUAAAAUCUAUUACUUGUUAUUAAUAAAUGAUCCUAAUUCCCCCCCUCCGUGAGCGAACAAAAUUAUUUUGUUCGCUCACGGACGGGGGUUAAUUUUUUUUUUUAGAAAUUUUUGAUAGAAUUUUUUUUGUUUGAAAUUUUAAAAAAAUCCUAAUUCGCAAACAAAUAUUUUAAUUUUAAUUGUAAAAUUUAUUAUUUAACGAAAUUUUGAUUAAAAUUAAACAGAAUUAGCUCGAGAUUUCAUGAUACUAGUUAUCACAUAUAUAUCAAUUUUUUUUCAUAAAAAUUUUUCUAUUAAAAACAUUUUUGUUCACUCACGUGUAGGUUUUUGAGCAAAAAAUAGGGAUUUUUCUAAUGGUUUUGUUCGCUCACGGAGGGGGGAGUAAAGAAAUUUUAAAAUGAAAAGGCUUUAUUCAUCACAGUAGCCAUGAAGAAGACCUAUCAAAAAGCAAUGAAAUGGAAAUAAGCUUAUUUAAAGCAUUCGAAGAUGAAGAGAUAAACAUCGCAGAUCACAAUAUUUAUGACACUGAAACAAACUUAGACCCCCACAAAGACUCGAUUUCUCAUAAUUCUUUAGACGCCAUCGAGAACUUUUUAUCAGAAAAAAUAGAAGACGAAAAAUCAAUAAUUUCUCAAGGCUCCCCAAAAUACAGAUUUUUUAAAAUGAUAGGAAUCUCGUCAAGGUCGAUAAAUAUUUUGCAUAUAGCUUUUAUUAUUUCAGUAACCUUUAUAUAGAUUUUAUCUGUUAUUGCUACAAAUAUAGGAGUUUUAUUUUAUGCUAUUUAUAAUGUAGACUAUGUAAGCAAUAUGGAUCUCCCUGUAGCUGUCGGAAAAACAGCAAAACUUUUACAAGCUACUGGGUUUAUUGCACACACAAUUUUCCUUGUUGCGUCUAGUGGGACUCCUUUUGCAGCCCAAAUUGUCAAAAUAAUGACCCCUGGCUUGGCUGGUAAAGUAAUGUCUGUGGAAAGUCUUUAUUUAAAUAUUACACAAGAAUUAGAUAAAUGGGACUAUUGCUCAGGACUUAGCACUUUUACUGAUGAGCAUAUUUCUAUAUGGGAAAUUGAAGGGGAGCCUUAUAAGAAAAAAUCAAAUUUAUUAAAUGCGAUUUCUCAGUUUAUUCGAUAUGUAAAUUUUAUGUAGGGAAACGCAAUUUUACAAAAAUUAAACAGCUCAGAAGAUAUAUCUAAAGAAGUGUCAUUUGUGGAGUUAAAUGGUUUUGGGGAAGCUUUUCAAUUUAGCAAUCAGUCGAUGUAUGAUAUUAUAUCAUGCCAAAAGGAUAUCAUGGACGAUUUUAAGACAAAAAUGCUGAUUUUUUUGAUUUUGGGGGUUGCUGUGCUUGCUAUAUGUGUUUGCUGCAGCUUCAUAUUUUUAGCAAAAAUUAAAAUUCUAAUUGGUUUAUUACUUGAUAAUAAUUUAGAAAAAUAUAUAAAAUAUUUUAUUAUUAUUAGAAAAAAAAUCCUUGCUGCAUGAUUCCUUUCUGCUAUUCUACAAUUAAAAUUGAAAAUAACCUGUGGAACAAUAUAAGAGACAAAACUUUUAACUGCUAUUUUGAGCUCACACAGCUGAGUAUUGAAAGGCUUACAACAGUCCAUUACGAGCCUGAAAUUAUGCUUGAUAACGCUCGUCCUACAAAGAAAAAAUACAAAUUCAAUAUUUAUUGAAAAUAUCUCUGAAGAAUUUCAUUAUAUUUUUUACUAGUUUCUACGUUUUCUAUCAUAAACAUAACUUAUUUCUACGAAAAAUGCACAGAUUAUUUAUCUAAAAGACCUGAAAUAAUAAGAGAUCUAAUAAAUGGGCAAAUCGUAUACACUGGCUUAGGGGUAUGAACGAUUAAAGCUUUUUCAGAUAAUAUGCUAUUAGCCUCAAAUGCUUUAGUUAAUAUUAUUCCUUUUAGCAAUAGUGAAAGUGUGUGACAAGAGACCAUAACAAAAAUCAGCCUUUUUAAAACUCAUUUAAGGCAGCCUAAAUAUUCUUCUAUUUUAUCAGAUGAUUUUAAAAAUGAAUAUUUUGAAAAUGGCAAUGUAGCUUUGUCUGAUGUUUUUAUUUAUGGAAAAAAUACAGGCCAAAAUAUUUUAGAAUUUGAUUCGUAUUUUAUCGUUUAUUCUUACCCGGGUUUUCAAUUGUGGCUGAAUUGAUUAAUAACUUUAGGAAAAUCGUCUGAUAGUUUUGAUGUUCUUACUGAUGAGAUUGAUAAAUAUUCACAAAGCAAAAUUGAUGACCAGAUGAAUAUUAUUUUUAUUGUUCUGGUCGUCUUUAUCAUAAUUUCAAUUUUCAUGUAUCUUGGGCUGUAUUUGAGGUUUUUUAAAAGAGAAAAGAAAUAUUUACAAAAAAUAAAUUCAGUAAUGAGGAUCAUGCCGCAUUAA